CUGGGAUGUGGCUCAUAUGGGCUCGUUUUGGGACUGCUGCCUGUAAAAGGAUAUCUGCAUGAAAGGUCAGACCUAUAUAAAUCCUCCUUGACGUACAGCAGGCACCACAUAGCUUACCUCUCUGCUGGAUCACCAACCGGACGGGAACCCCCUGAACACGGAACAAAAUGUCGCUCUCAUCUGUCCUUUCCGCUGAUGCCAUCGACAGUGCCAUCAAGGACUGCCAAGCACCGGACUCCUUCUGCCCCAGGAAGUUUUUCCAGUUGUGUGGCCUCACCAAGAAGAGCCCCCAGGAAGUGAAGAAUGUUUUCGAGAUCCUGGACCAUGAUGGCAGCGGUUUUAUUGAGGAGGAAGAGCUCAAGUUUUUCCUCCAGAGGUUUUCCCCUGGGGCGCGCAUUCUGACAGACAAGGAGACGAAGGAGUUCCUCUGCGCUGCUGAUGACGAUAGUGACGGCCGGAUUGGAGCGGACGAGUUCCAGGCCAUGGUCUUGUCUUAAACUACGGGGCUCCAUCGCUCCAAGCCGAUCUGACCCCCCUUAAACCCUCUCCCUCUCCCUCCCACACUGCUUCAAGGGCUCAUUUAAUUUGAUUUAAAAUGUUCCAUCUAGUUAGUUAAAACUUUUUGAAUCUCUUUUCAAGACUCGUUCCGGUCCACAGUCAUCCACAUUCACGCCAUUACAUUGUUUUUCCAUUCGUUUUAAACAUAUCAUGAAGCUGU